AGAUUUGUAUCAAUAAAUAAAUAUUUCAUCUCUUCGUCUCCAAUACCCCUCCCAAUUCAUUCCCAUCUCUAUAUAUAAUCUCCGUAGCUCACAUUAACAUUUCAUCCAAAAUCUCUAUCCAUCACAGCAACAAAACCAAAAACUCAACGACCAAUCCUUAACUUGAUCAAUAUAUACGAACACAUUGUGCAAAUCAACAUUACCAUGGUGAAACAAGAACGCAAGAUCCAAAGCAACAACAAGAAGAAGGAAAUGCCUUUGUCUUCUUCAUCUUCAUCUCCUUCUUCAUCUUCAUCUUCUUCUUCGUAUUCUUCCUUGUCGUGUAAGAACAAGAAGAGUAAGAUUAAGAAGUACAAAGGAGUGAGGAUGAGAAGCUGGGGGUCAUGGGUAUCUGAAAUCAGGGCACCAAAUCAGAAGACAAGGAUUUGGUUAGGUUCUUACUCAACAGCUGAAGCAGCUGCUAGGGCUUACGAUGUUGCACUCUUGUGUCUCAAAGGCCCUCAAGCCAAUCUCAACUUCCCUACCUCUUCUUCUCAUCAUCUUCUUGAUGACCUCUUAGAUGAAAAGACCCUCAUGUCCCCCAAAUCCAUCCAAAGAGUCGCCGCUCAAGCUGCCAACUCAUUUGACCUUGUUGCCCCUUCUUCUUCAUCAGCCGCCUCGUCACCGUCCGAUCAUGAUGAUAAUGAUAAUGAUGAUGAUGGGAUGCAAUCUCUUUUUGGAUCUUUCGUGGAUAAUCAUGCGCCUUUGAUGGAUCCAUCAUCAUCAUGGUAUGAUCAGGAUCAUAAUGGAAUGUUCUUGUUCGAUGAUGGAGCUCCGUUUGAUUACUCUCCUCAACUAAACUUCACGACGAUGUUCGAUGAAUACUUGUACGAAGAUGGUGACAUUCCCCUUUGGAGCUUCAGUUGAAUCCGAUGGUCCAGAAUACAUACUUUUAAUUAGUUUAUCAUAUAUAUAUAUAUAUAUAUAUAUAUAUAUAUAUUUCUAUCAUUUUUUCAAUUCUUUUUAAAAUAUGUUAAUUAUUUUACCCUGUCGUAACUAUUCUUUUCCAAGUUGUUUGUUGCUUGGAGAGAACUGACGACGAAUACGAAUAUAAUACAAUAAUUCAAGGUUUUAUAUGUACUCGAUAAUACAACUUGGGAGUUCACAUGAACAAGAGAUUUUUUUUUCUCACUUCUUUGACUUUUUCUGUUUUUCAUGUGUGGAGUUUCCUUUUUAAUCAAUUCAUUAACAAUAAAUGAUCAAUAAAACAGUUUUGUAUUUGACUAA